AUGGCGGAUUAUGAUUUCGUUCGUCAAUUGGACUCUCAAAGAUCUGACUGGAGAAUUAUAGUGAAAAUACUCAAAAAAUGGGUGGUGGAUUACUCGGACGAUAAUCGAAGUCUAAAUUUCAUUCUGGUCGAUGAAAGAGGUUGUAGAAUACAGGCUCGGGUAAACAAUCAGAUGAUGGAGCAUUUCAAUCAAAUAUGCGAAGAAGAUCAAUGGGAGUACAUGCUAGAAUGUGAUGCACAUGGUGAGUUGGCAACUGAAAUAAGAGAUAAAUGUAGAGAAUACGAAGGUCCCUUUGCUAUAUGUGUGUUAACCGAUUGGUGUGUAGCAAUUGAUGGGGAGAAUGUGUCUAUCAAGGAUCAUGAUGACGAUGGUGUGUCCCGUUUUAUCACUGAUUCACCUAUUGAUGAAGUUUUGACCUUGCGCAAUAGGAUUAGAGAGAGAUUAUAUGGGCUGGAUACAGAUGAUGUCUAA